GUCCUCCAUGGCGGCUGCUGACAGACAGAGCAUGGCCGCCGGUCACUACAUGCUGCUCCUCGCACUGCUCUGCUCCCCAGUCACCGCUCUGGAGCCAUUCAGCACGGGAGCCGCCCUCCUGGGCACGGGCUCGGUGCUGUACGGCCUGUACGUGGCUUUCCCGAGAUUAAAGUGCUACGUGAGCCGCUGCUGCGGGGAGGAAACGCCGUUCAGCUAUGAUGCACUGAAAAACGAUCUUAAUGAGAAACUUUUUGGGCAACACUUGGCUCACAACAUGGUCCUGCGGUCACUGAAUGUUUUUAUGAAAAAUACAAACCCUCUGAAGCCUCUGGUCAUGCAUUUUCAUGGUUGGACUGGCACUGGCAAGACCUACAUUACCUCAAUCGUGGUGAAAAACAUUUUUAAGUUAGGCAUGGCGAGUGAGUCUGUACAUCUUAUUAUGCCCACUUUACAUUUUCCUCAUGACAGCCAGAUCUCACUAUACAAGGACCAACUGAAGUCCUGGAUUCAAGGCAAUGUCUCAAGGUGUGAACGGUCCAUAUUUAUAUUCGAUGAAGCAGACAAACUACACCCAGGACUUCUUCGUGUGAUGCAACCAUUUUUGGACUUUAAUGAAUAUAUAGAUGGUGUGUCCUAUCGCAGAGCAAUCUUCAUUUUUAUCAGUAAUGCAGGAGGAGAGUUUAUUAACCGUAAGAUGGUUGAAAUUUGGAAAGACAAGAAAAAAAGAGAAGAAUUGGUGUAUAGCGAUUUUGAACAUGUGUUGUCAAGUGAACUAUUCAACAGUAAUAAAAGUGGAUUUCGGCAGAGUGAAUUUAUUGCUAAGGACCUGAUUAAUAUAUAUGUCCCCUUUCUACCACUGGAGUUUCUACACGUAAAAAAAUGUGUACUGGCAGAGCUAAAACGCAUGGGCUUGCGUGAAGAUGAGACACUGGCAAAUAAAGUAGCCAAGGAAAUGGAUUAUUUCCCAAAAGAGGAAAGAAUAUUCUCAACCAAAGGAUGUAAGAGUGUGGCAGCUAAACUGAACCUUCACAUCUAAUGUCUCCCCACCUGACUAUGAGCUUGUACAGCUCAUAAACAGAGCAAGUCCUGUCUCUAUGGUUAUAUGGUUAUUGUUAACCAUGUGGCCAGGCCUCGUCACCAGGCCACAUUACCAAUCUUACUCACUGGUUAAGCACACAUGCUAUAAAGAUCUAUGUGUCCUGUCCAGUAACAAGAUUUUUCCUGUCCCUCGUCAGCUCAUAGUGUUCUUUAUCUUGAAGAUUCCGGCUUGUUGCAAGAAAAGCUCACUACUGAUUACUGAGGUUUUAAAUUAUAUUAUGGUUGCAAUUAAAU